AUGUCAACCUGCAUUAAGUACAAGUACACAUCAUCGCGUACCAUAUACACACCGAACGAUAUACGCAACGACAUGCUGCAUACAUAUGGAGUAUCUUUGAAUUAUGUCAAAGCUUGGCGAUCUCGAGAGGAAACUCUGAAAGUGCUAAGGGGUGAUCCAACUGAUUUAUUCAAUAAUAUACUAGCCAUUUUUUCUGUGCUACAACAAACAAAUCAUGUGAUCGCAAGUCUAGAAAUUGAUGGUCACAAUAGGUUUAAAUAUUGCUUCAUGGCACUAGGUGCAUCUAUACGGGGAUGGAAACAUUGUAGGCCAGUUGUUGUGGUUGAUGACACAUAUCUAAAUGGACACUAUGGUGGCACCUUAUUCGCGUUGAGGAAAGCAUAUGGGGAUAGAGACGGUUUGUACUUUGUGUCGGAUCGUCACAACAGCAUCAAAAAGGCAAUUGAAAACGUGUAUCCAAGAACAUAUCACGGGAUAUGUUCGUACCAUCUACUACAAAAUUUAAAAUCACGGUACGGGAGAUCAGGACAAAACAUAACACAAGCAUUCAAUGCAGCUGUUCGUGCCUACAUACUGUUGGAAUAUGAAUAUUACAUGCAACAACUCGGCUCGAUUAAUGAGAAGAUAAGGGGUUACCUGGUACUAUACUAUACGUUGUCCUAUGAUGAUAUUCACAUAAAUACACACAAUGAGCACGCUCAAGGCACUUUUACAAUCUUGUCAAGCAAGUAUGAGAAGAAGAUAAGGGAAGUGAGCACAAAUAUGAGAAACUUGAGGGUCUCCUAUACUAAUCAGGCAAUAUUCUCAGUUAGCAGCGAAAGUUCCUCUUUUGUUGGUAUAGAAAACUGGACAUGCACAUGUAUGAUGCUUCAAGUUGAUCAACUACCUUGUCCACAUGCUUUGGCUGUGUUUGCGAGCAUGAAGAUGGAUCCAUAUGAAUAUUGUUCCUACUACUACACAAGUAAAGCAUUCAGAAAUACAUACCAAGAAACCAUUUGUCCUGUAGGAAAUCCAGCUGAAUGGAUAGUGCCAAAUGAUGUUUAUGACAUAGUUGUAAUUGCACCUAAUCAAAAGCGAAGUUGUGGAAGGCUUACUAAGAAGAAAUUCAGACCAGUGUAUGAGGAAAACAUAACCGUCAAAUGCAGUCGGUGUGGUGAAAGUGGUCACAAUCGCAGAACACGCAACAGUUUAGUUCCAUUAAGUUAA